AUGGAAGUUCGAUUAGCUCCUGAUGUGUCAAGUGGGUCAUUCGACAAGGCAAAAGCUGAACGUUUUGCCACAAUGGCUGCUGCAAAUGUUAAAAGCGAAAAUGUCAUAGGAGAUACGUUUUACAUAAAUCCAGUAGCGGGAACCUUCGACAUGCAUCGCUCACUUGCUCAUCUCAACAAUGCUGGCAAAGGAGAUCAUGACGAUGAAGGAGAAAUGACUGGUGAGUCGGACACCGAGGCCGCUGGCACAAGUGCUAAACAGAUACGCGUGAAAUUCACAAGGCCAGAAACGGAACGGCAGAAGAAAAGGAGAGAAGCAAGUGCACUUCAUAGAGAGAAGUUAAUUGCCAGCGAUUCAUGGAUACCAAUGAAUGUCCACUUGAAAGAGGAUCCUGCACUUAUUGAAAAGUUCUCUCGAAUGACCACACUUCCGCCGGAGAAAUCUGAAUCCGCAGAAACUGUCACAACAAGAGAUCUCGUAGAACGCGGAAUCAUUUGUGGUGAAAGAGAGCAAAUUGAUCUCACUAGAAGCGAACUUCUGGUCACUCAUCAACGUAUUCGAGAAAUGCCUAUUGAUCAACAAGUGAAAGCCCAGGUUUUCAAAUCACGGGUCGUUGCAACGGCUGAUAUAGCCAGACUAGUAGAUCCUUCUAUCAGCCGCGACGAGCUUUUCGAAUAUCUCCAACAGUGUGCCCAUCUAGUUCAAGGUGAACGCUGUGGUAUCUUGAAUGGAAUUUUUUGUUUAUUUUUAGUGAUACCCUGA